CAAAUGGGAGUAACCGCAAGGCGUGUAAAUAGUGUAGAAAAAUAUACUACUUUAAACUUAUUAUUAUAGUUACUAAUUAAUAACGUCAUACUACUAUAAUAAGGUAGUCCGUAAAUAAAAGUGGAAAAAUGUCGUUUUACAAAACAGAACUGAAAAGUAGAAAACUAUUGCGAUCGAGGUGGCCAUCAUUGUAUAUUUUUCAGGAUUUUGAGCCUUAUAGACAUCCGGUAAGAAGUCAUGGAAGCAACCCUUUUAACAAUAAACAACAGCAGUCGAGAAUGUUUUCAAAGAACAAUUCUCAAGUUUGGUCAGCGUCCAAGUUGCUAAAAAAGAAAAAAAAAGGAAGCCGGUGGAGAAAAAUGUUGAACGACUACUCAUUAAACACUACGUUACACGGUCUACGAUACGCUGGCAACAACGAAUUGAGCGCAAGUGAAAGAGGAUUUUGGAUUAUAUCGUUUUGCUUGGCUGUAAUAACCGCUGUGUACUUCAUUUUCAACCUAGUACACAAAUGGAACGAUAUGCCUGUUAUUAUAAGUCUAUCGCCGAAAGCCACUCAGCUGACGAGUAUACCGUUUCCGGCAAUCACAAUAUGCAAUAUGAAUAACGCCAGAAAAUCAGUGGCACAACUCAUCAUGGAAACGUCAUCUGAUUAUGAAAGCAACAUCGAUCGUCGCCUCUUAAGCGAUUUUUGUGACGAGGAUCCGCAAGUACUAGACUCAUUAAUGGACAACCACACGGGCGAUUGGGAAUCGUUAAGGAAAUUUAUGAUAAGAGUGUCGCAACCUUGUCAUGAAAUGGUCAUCACAUGUCUGUGGGCAAGCAAACCGAUGGCAUGUUCGGAGUUAUUCAAUCCUUCCCUCACGGAUGAAGGCAUUUGUUGUUCGUUCAACAGACUUAAGGCAGAACUGAUAUUCCGGAACCCAAAAGAUGUGUCCGAUUUAAACGUUUCAUUCCCGAACCCUUCGGCCAAUUGGACUCCUGAACAUGGUUACCCUCCAAAUACUCCAGCUGGGUACACACCUUGGAGACCUUGGGGAGCCGGCAACCAUCUAGGACUGACAGUUGUUUUGGACGCUGAAAUAGACGAAUAUUAUUGUUCGUCCGAAGUCAGUUAUGGUUUCAAAGUAAUGUUACACAGUCCGGUGGAAACGCCAAAGAUAUCUUCAUUCGGUAGUUUUAUAGCACCUGGCCGAGAAACGGCUGUGGAAAUACGACCGUCGGUAGGUAUGGCCACACCGACGCUAGCCUCAAUACCGAGAGAGAAAAGACAGUGCGUGUAUUCCGACGAAAAACGUUUGCGAUUCUAUAGAACCUACACCCAAAGGAACUGUAUGAUGGAAUGUGAAGCGAAUUUCACUCUGAUGUUUUGUCAAUGCGUCAUGUAUUACAUGCCAAAAGAUAGUUAUACCAGAAUUUGUGGUAAAAGAGACGAACAGUGUUCAGACAAAGCGAAAUUGGCAAUGGAAUUGAGAUUUAGUUCAGCAAUAAUGAACAUGAGUUCUUUACUGAAUGGAACGCAUUUGCCAAACUGUACUUGUUUACCGGGAUGUCACUGGAUUGGUUACAAUAAAGUACAAUCGUCUUCGCCUCUAUCGAACAGUUACAAAAUCAAACCGAAAUAUUUGGCCGGCCGAGAUACGAAUUAUUUCAAAAAAAAUAUGGCAGUGGUACACUAUUAUUUUGAAGAGACGCAAUUUACUGGCUACACUAAAGGAGAACUAUUCGGGUUUACAGAAUUUUUGUUUACAAAUUUUAGAUGAUAGUACGGCAAAUUACUAAUUUUAUGAAUUUAGAAUGUUACAAACAACAUUAUUUUCUACCAAGUAACUUUUUAGUGAUCUGUAAGAUAAUUUUUCAAAAGUGAAAAUUAGUGCCGGAAAUUAAUUGAAUCAAUUAAAAAGUAUUUACAUUUUUUAAAGGCAUCACCUCCAUAAUGGUAUCUUGUCUAAAUGUCAACUCUCGCAAAUAAAUUUCAAUGAUACAAAUUUUGGAACGGCAGAAGCUAAAAACUACUACAAUAGAUUCUUAACGUUUCAAAUUAUUCAUUAUUUCUAAUUUUUUUGUUUGGUUUCUUUUGAACUUCUAACUAGUUUAUACUUUUAACUAAAAUACAGCGUUCCUUCGCUUACUCAAAUAUUCCAACAAAAUCACAUAUAAAAUACAUUCGCCAUGACGAGAAUUGACCGUAAAUUGAAACGCACAGAUAAAAAAUAUUUAUUAUUAAAUAAUUACAUUUUUAAGAUAAACGUAAGAUUUAAUCUUUAUUGGUUUUUAUUUUAGCCAACACAGGAGGACUGCUGGGUUUGUUUAUGGGUUUUAGUUUCCUUAGCGCGGUUGAAAUUAUUUAUUUUAUUACUUUGCGUU